CCUGCGUACACGCUGACCCCGCCCCCGUCCGCUGUAGCUCCCGUAGCUCCUCACCAGAAUGGCGGCUCUUUUGGAAUCUCUUCUGUUGCAGAAAGUUGAUAUCAAAACGGCCUUGGACUGGCUAAAGAAUGAUGAGGAAGGUGACCGACUGGCAUUCAGUGAACUUGGGGUGACAGUUCACAAACAAGAAUUUGUCCCAUUUCUUUUAAACUUUUUGAGAGAGCAGAGCAGUCAAGCACUGACCCAUGGUCCUGCCACGCCAGCCAAGACCCCCAGCCGCCCCAGACCUGCUGUACAGACUCAGGGCUUCAGUGACAGGAGAGGUUGCAGGUCUGCUGGUAGUGGAGCUGGUUCUCGGAGUGCCAGCCGAGUCCAGCUGUUUUCUCCUGCUUCCUCAGUGUCACCUGGAUCUGAGUGGGAUGCUGCUGGUCAGUCAGGGUCCCAGUCUGCCUUCAGCAGCCCCUCCUUUCCUACAGGAUGGAGCCCUGCCUCCAGGCCUUCAGGCUCGGAGCGCCGGUCUGGCCAGAGGAUCAGUCUUGGGGACUACAUGGUUUCUCCUCCUGACCUCCACAACAGCCCCAACUCCCAGUCACAGAAGGGCCGCAGGAGAAGUGGUGGCAGCACGGCAGUGGGGGGACAAGGGAAACAUGGAGGAUGGCGUGGAGGACAUCACAGUGAUGAGAUUGGACGUUGGGAAAGUGGGGGGAGGAGGUCAGGUAGAGGAGGAGGAGGAGGAGGAGGGAACAGUAGGAUAAGCGAGCAGGUUUCGCCUCCAUCUGUGGGGCAGCUCAACUUCAACAACUUGGAGGACUUCCCUCCUGUUGGGUCAUCACCCAUUUCACCUGCGGCAUCCAAACCAUCUAGAAGAAUAAACCCAACACCAGUCGGUGCAGAGCGGCCACACUCCAAACCAAAGACCUGCUUCACCUCCACCCCAUUUAGUGAAUCUUCUAGUCCCUCAUUAGUUGUGGAGGCGCUUGAGGGCUCAACGACAGUGGGCAGUCCUCUAAGCCUGCAGGAAGAGAGGGAGCUACUAAAGAGGGAAAAGACCAAGCGAGCUCAGCAGGUUGGCUCUCCUCUACCAUCCUCUCUGGACCCUUGCACCCCCACCAAGUCGGGUCAUAGGAUGGGAUCUAAAGUUACACCCGAUCUGCAGACACCCUGUCCUGAACCAUCUAAAGUCACCUUCUCUUUGGAACUGGAUCUCCUGGCAGAGCUGUACUGUACCUGCAUUUCUGAAAACCUCGUGCCAAACAUUUUCCUGGAGCUUUUCUUUGUGGUGCAGUUGCUAACGUCUCGGUCUCCUCACACUCAUGAUGAUGAACAGGAAAGUUUAUGUGCGGUGAAUUCAGAAGUUCUGGAGAGAUGUUACCUGAGACAAAUUCACAACUGUGUGUAUUUUGCAGUGAAGGUUCUGGAGAAUCAGUUUCAGUUGGUAGCUCAUUUGGACAAGUGUACCUUGCGUCUGCUGGCAGAGAACGAAAGGGUGGUGUCUUUCUCUCCGGAGCUCAGGGACCAUCUGACUCAGGCACAGGACGGAAGCACAGCCAAGCUCUCUCCUUCAGUUUCCACUUUCAUCCACUCAGUCCCAUUCCAGCCUGCUACUGACAACCGGUCCAACUUCGGGAGUGACAAGGCCUUCCACACCUUUAAAAAACAAAGAGAUAUUUUUUAUGAGGUGUUACGAGAAUGGGAGGACUUUCACAAGGAACCGGGGUGGAACUUUGAUGCUGCUCUUGGCAGUAGGAUAAGAGGAAUGAUGAGUCAACUAACCUCUGCAGGAAACCAUUCCCAUUUUGCUCGUCUGUUCCUGAAGCAGCUUGUUCAGAUGUGUAAAGGCCCCAGUGUGAACAGCUCUCCUGGGGAUACUCCCGAUGCUGACCUGCUAGGCAUGCUGGGAGCUGACAGCCUGGGGCGUCUGAAGCGUCUUGAGGAGCGUCUCAUUCAACCUCAUGGAGUUGUUGGCCCCUGCCCUCCUCCAUCCUUCCCUGGUCACCAGGAGUUCUUCAGGGGUUUCCUGCAGACAGCUAGCUGCUGCCAGCUAAACCAGCACUUGCAGGACAGCCUGUGUCAGCAGCUCCUCCAGCUGGACGAGGUGUCCAUCCUGAGCCCUCCUGCUUCCAUCGGGGAGGUAGAGGAGGAGGGAGAUGGGGACAUGGAGCAGCAGGAUGAGAAGCAGCGGUUCACCUCCAUUCUGCUCCUCGCUCGUCUUCUGGCUAAGUUUCUGGGACUGAUUUCCUUUCUGCCUUACCAAACAUCUGAGAGACCGUCCAGAGAGAUACAGGAGACUGCAUUGGCCCUGCGCAGCAAGAGUGUUCCAUUGCUGGAUGUGUGUGCUGUGCUGAGUAACAGUAUGAAAAGGAGGCGCACCAUCCUGACUGUGCCCUGGCUGGUGGAGUUCCUCUCCAUGCUGGACUUUAUUGGUCCUCUGCUGCUCUGCUAUAGAACUGCAUUGGGCAAACUGCUUCUCCUGUACAGGAGAAUGUUGCUGGGCAGAUGUGGAGAAGUGUGUUACCUGAACAAGCUACUAAUAGUGUCAGUGUUGGGUUGGCUUUUCCAGAUCCCAGUAAUUCCUGAGGACAUUUUCUUCACCAAUGAGUUCACUGAGGUGGCCAAGCUGGAGGAGGACAUCACGAGUGCUGCAGGGCUCGACUGCAUUCCCCUGGUGGAUCAGCAGCUUCUCUAUACAUGUUGUCCGUUUCUUGGUGAGUUCCGGAAGCUCCUAGCUGCCUUUGUGUCUGGAAGCACAGCCAAGAGUGGAGGAAUUAUCCGCAAGAUCACUCCCACAUCUGCCGAGCUCAGGGAUACGCCAACUGCCGACCGGUCGCAGCAGAAACUACAGGUGGACCUCGAGCAAGCCUUCUUUCACAACCAGCCUCCGUCGCUGCGUCGCACCGUGGAGUUUGUAGCUGAGAGAGUUGGAUCCAACGCCGUCAAGCAUAUGAAGGCCACACUAGUGAGUGAGUUGGUGGAGCGGGGUGAAAAGAUGCUGAGAGAUGGACUGAAGUCGCCAAACUCAAAUCCUUCAAAACUAAAUGACUCCAUCUGUGCUCAGCUGUGUGUCGCAGGAUUGGAGGCCCUGGCAAAAGCCACCGGAUUUUGCAGUGAGAAGAGUCCCGAGGCCAUACGAAUUCUGCUCCCAGAUGAGACCUCCCCUGCUGUCCUGACCACAUCUGAAAACAUCACCAAACGUCUUGCAACAGAAAAAGCCUGCAGCUGGCUCUCCGCCAACAUCACAGCCCUGAUAAGACGAGAGUGGAAGAGCAGGUAUGAUCGUGUGAUGAAGGCUGUGGGUAGCCCAGUGGCUCCAGACUCAAGGGAUGUGGAGGGGGCUAUGCUUGAGCUGGUAACCCAGGAAAAGUCGACUACUCCCAAGAGGAAACAAGGCAGUGAGAGAGUGAGAUCCUGCCCUCCACACUGCAACCACAGUGCUUCACUCCCCUCUGACAUCAUCAUUGAGAUGAAGGAGUUGCUGAGCAUUGCAGUAGGCCCCAGGACUGAUGAGGAGCUGCUGAGUGUCUCUCAGCUCAAAACGCUGCUGCAGAGAGUGGGAGACACACUGGCCUGCAGAAAGUUCUCAACUGUGGUGUCAGAGCAGAUGCUACUGAACUCUACUGUCCUACUGGCCUGCAAACUGGUGUCUGCGGAGCUGCCCGUGCUGUCUCUGUCACGGUGCAGUGGAGGUGAUGGGGUUGUUGUGGGUCCUGGUUCAGGAUCAGAGCCUCCUGUCAGAGUGCUGCUCGAGCAGCUUGCUGAGCUGUGGGAGGGAGACUGCUGUUCUUCAGCCCCCCUCCACCUGCUCUUCACCCCACUCACUGUCACUGCUGUGCUGCAGGCCAGCGACACUGAGUGGAACAACUACCUGUUCCUGGUUAGAAAGCUGGUUGACAGAGGAGUAUUGAGCGAGGAAGAGGUCAUAUCUCAUUGGAAGAAGCUAACAAACUUGACCUUGCCAGCGGAGCUGAUAGAGAAUUUCCAGCUGCAGUCACAGAGUAUCAAACCCCCCUUGCCUCUGGCUGAAUUGCAGAGCCACAUGGACAUGCUGCAGGUCUCACAACAGACUGUAGAUGGAGCUACAUGACAACAAUAAUACUACCCAGCAUUCCACAGCAUCUUUUCUGUGAUCCCCAUAGUGUUUUAUGUCAAAUCUGUCAGUGUGUGUUCAGGAGAGAGACAGAUCUGGGUGACUUCUUGUUGUUGACCAUGUUUCGAUUUUUGCCACUGCACAGCCCAUCAAAGCUGUUCCACAGUCUGUCUUUGCACAUGCUUUGCAAGCUUAAGACUUUUGUUGCUAGGGGACCACACCAUCUCACACCUUUAGAUCUGUAAACUUUCCUGCAAUCGAACCUGGUAGUGAUUGUGUCUGAAGGGAAAUACUAGUACAGUAGAUGAAACAUUUCAAACAUUCAAGAAGACCACAGCAGAGAAUUGGCAGAGACCGAAGGGUCAACAUCCCACUGCCAAGGAUUCAAACUGAGAAACUUCAGUGUUAUCCUAAAGACCUUGACUUGUGAAAACAUACAAUUAUGUUCCCAAUUUUUUACAUGUAAGAUUCCAGCACACAAGCCAUAGUUUGUCAAGAAACACUUCUUACUAAAAAUUGACUGAACAAUUAGAUAUUCUUUGUUGGUUUUUAGACUCAGAGAAAAUAAAAUGUCUUUAUUUUAGUAUAGCACUUUCACACAUUGCCUUUGACUGCCACUACUAGUGAUCACAUGUUUUAUUUCAUAAAUGCAAGACUGCAUUUGUGAUUGUUUUUAGUUCAUGUUGAACGAGCGCUGUAUUCCCUGCUGCUUUUUUAAAUUGAAAUAUUUUUUAUGUUGCCACAAAAAUAUUAAUAAAGAUGUAUUCUGUUUUUCA